AUGUCAGCCAAACACGAACCAUCUCUGCUCGAAUAUGCCAGAUUCCACGGAAUCGCUUGUGACUGCACCGCAAUCACUCCCAACCAGCAUCUUGAUCACUCCCUCAAGCUGCCACCAGAUGACCCAUCCGUGCCCGAAGACAAGCUGAAAUCGCUCGAUAAAUAUCUCCUUACCACACAAGAAUCUGUCGAGAAAGCCAUCCGCGAAGAAAAGCUCAACGUGAGAAAAGAGGAUAUCCGCCUUCUAUCAGCAGUCCUUCGUGACGUGAGAACUCAUAAAUUUGAAUUCGAACUGGAAGAUGCUUUGGCAGCCUUUCACCGUCUCAACAAGCUCAAGUUGGAACCUCCCAUCUUCAGCCUAGACUACGAGACGCACACGGCACUUCCUCAAAGGCCGGUAUUCGACGAUCCCGAGGAAGUGAACCUGCCUCCUCUCGAGGAGGGUCCCGACUAUCAGCUUGAGUCUUUGGUGAAGAGGGCAGAUGAGAUAAAUGAAGAGAUUAGGAAUGAGAAGCUCAACUGCAACAAGCAGUCUUUCAUGCUCAUACAAGAUGCAACGAAGCUUGGAAAUGCGUCUUCGAAUCAUCUGGAUGAUAUAGUAGCAAAUACCAUCCGACCAAUAAUUUCUUUCCGUUCGAAAUCUCCUGCUCUUACGCCUUUGGGCGUGGACGAUGUGUCCUUCAAAAGUCCCUCGCCUGAGCCAGAGCUUCAGAUGCUACCCAGCCCAGUCUCGACUGAGAUACUAGAAACAUCGAAGCCACAAAAUUAUCUGUCUAAAGAUACUGAUGCAAGCCACAACCCUGAGGUCUUCAACCACGUACGGCGGACUUCUAUGGGAGGUAACGAUUGCAUGAUGCAGACAGAUCACCACCUAUCAGCAGCUGAAGGACGGCAAACCUGGAAAAAUGCAGCGACGUUAGGCCGCGAUGAGCCCUGCGAAUUUACCACGCUUGCAGGUGAAAGCGCAAGAGGUGGAGGAAAUUCAGAAGAUAUACAACUCCAGACGGACUUAAGUAUACCGAAGCUUGCCAACCCCGAUAACCCCUCCGAGGAUGAAGAACCAGCUUCACAUUCCGCCCGACUAAUAGAACCUGAGGUGUCGGAAGAAGAACCUGAAUGGCUGGCAACAGAAGCUCCAGUCGAAGAGGAUACGGCGGUAUUUGUACAGUGUGGACCUCCGUCAAUCUCCCCAUCGGCGACCUGUUAUUCUUCGCAUACAAAUGACUCAGCAUGUGAAGCGUCCCUUCAGUGUUCUAAUAUUGACUUAGAAAAGUCAGACGCUCAUAGCUCAGCUCACGAGUUCCAUGCCUCCAGUACUCAUGGACUGGCCAACAAAAGAUCACUCAGCAGCAUAACUGUUGAAGCAGGCAUUGUAUCGACGGAUCAGAAUGUUCCAACACCACCAGUCCUUGAUUCCCAGCUUAUCACAAAACUAGGGCAAUCCCCCAGUAGGCUCCAGCGGAGUAAUAAACGAGCUUUUAUGGUCGGCGAUAGUGGCUUGACUGCACCAGAUCAGACUCGGCUUUUGACCAAUACUUCUCCCACAGUGACCGAUCAACCUUUACAGCAAAGGAAAAGGAAACGCCAGCUUACCAACGAGAGUUCCGUCAGAGCCUCACAGUCUGAGCAGCAGGGGAAGCAGAAGCAGCCGGCGGUACCGUCAUUUACAACUCUGGGUUCUUUGGCCGCCUUCAUGGAGACAAGAGGUCGGAACGAGAAACGGCAUACGGUGACGCAAAGCCCAUACUUCCCAGGGAAAAUAUCAACCGACGGCGUUUCCAAGCAGCUAAGUAAGGCAGUGAGCGCCGAGAAGCCCCGAAGCUGCUUAAAAGAGCCGGACAAAAGCGACAACGGCCCGGAUAUAAUACCGACAGCCACACAACUUCCUCACUUCCAUCAGCAGAUGGGAGAACGACCAAUCCUGUUCUUAUCAACCGCCCUUCUGAAGAGUCAUCUUCGGCUCGUACGCUGCCUUGAAGGAAUGGCAGGCCAGCCAGCAAUCGUAUAUAGAGACUAUAACCACAAUAAUUCGGGCAGUGAGCCUCAUGGCAAGCACACAACCUCUCGCAUGAACAGCAAUCCCACUCUUCAAUUCGAAGCAGAUAUCAUAAUUUCGCCGAGUACUGGUAUAAUCCUGACAACAUCGCAGGCGACAACGCAGCUAUAUCUGCCCGGCCAUAAGUCCACUCAUGCUGAGACGAACAUCGAAUGCAUCAACUCGCCACUCCGAGAACGCAUCUUCCUCCUCGCCCCUCGCUACGAACGAAUCUACCUGUUCAUAUGCCACAGUGUACCUUCUUCCAAGAAGUUGCAAGUCAAACAAUCAGGCCCAACAGCGGACAAGCGAGUGUUAGGGUCCAUCGCCUCGUUGACUGCUUUUUGCAACUCGAUGUCCGCCUAUGCAACAAUCAGUCCAUUGCUUUUACCUUCCUGCCCAGAAACCGUGGCGGGAUGGGUCCUUUCGCUUGCGAACAAGCACAUUGCUCGACUUCCCGAGAAUCCCACGCGGAUUCCGUCCGGCACAAGCUUCACACCGAUCAACCCGCCCCGGGAAAGCCGAUUGAGCCCGGAAAUGAUGAGGAGAACAACCGUCUGGGAGCUCUUCCUCCGCCAGGCUGGACUGAACCCAUACGCUGCGCAAGCGGUUUUGGCAUUCCUCAGACGAGAAGACGAAGAAGAAAGGGCUUAUAUACGCUACACGUCCCGUACGGCUGCAAGUCCCAGCUCAGGAGAGGAUGGAGGUGGACAAGGUCUGGCGAGGUUUAUCGAGAUGGCGCCAGGUCGAAGAAGAGAAGUUUUCGGUGAGCUCAUAGGUGACAGGAUGAUGGGGCGAAUCAACCAUAUUCUCGACAAAGACUGGCAGUGUGACUGGGCCCUUAACUUUGACGCUGAUGUGGAACUAUGA